CCGAAACGUUGUGUUGUGCGCUUGUUGUCCGUUCGUUCCUACAUUGUUAUAGUAACACACAAACAAAAAAAAUAUUCACGUUAUUUAAUUUUCUUGUAGAGUGCGUGCGUGUGUGUAUUGUUUUUAUUUCUGUUAAUUUCGUGGCGGUAGCUAAAUUUAUUAUUAAAAAAUAAUUAUAAAAAGCCAUUUAUUAGAUUUACAUAUAAAAAAAGCAAAGAAAAUAAAUAAAUCAUGCUGAAAAAUGUGGAAAUAAAAUACAAAUAAAAACGAAAUAUGUACGAAAUUUAAGAAGAAAAAAGAAAGUACGAAAAUGGCCAAGAGAAAAUGAAUGAAUGAUCAUUUGUUAAACAACAACAACAAUAAUAACAGCUGCAGCAACAGAAGCAGCCAGAAAAGAGAGCCAAGCAAACAAAUAAUUGCAUUAUUGUUGUGUUGCAUUAAAAUUUUAUGAAAUAAAGUUGCAAUUAAAACGCAUAAAUUCAUAAAAGUCUUAAAUAAAAUUUAGGUGAAUUUAUGUUUAUAAAUAAAUAACUAAAAAAAAAAUACAAAAAUAUUACUAAAUUUAUGCACUUGUUGCUCUAAAUUAGAAACGAAAAUUUUAAAAUAAAAAUCCAAUUUGUGUGUGCAACAACAAACGAGUUGAAAUAUAUGUAUUCCAAGUGUUCGUUUUUUAAAAUGUGUUUAAAAAGCUGUCCGGUAAUCAGUGAAGCGUUAAUUUAAAACCGAAAAAAAGAAGAAAAAAAUCAAGUCUAGUUAAUCUUAAGCACAGGCGCAGCAGGCGAAAGUUUUUAACUUCUAUUUUGUAAAAAAAAAAUUGUGUAAAAAAUUAACGCGUUAAGAGCCGCAGCCACCAGCAUUUUCCAAUUGGUACUUGAUUACUUACUUACACUCGCACAACUGUAAUUCACUCUUAUAGACAGCAACAACAACAACUACAUAUUAUUAUUAUUAUCUUCAAUAUUAUUAACAGCAACAACAACAAUAAGAAUAAUACAAAUUGUUUGGAAAACGUAUGAAUGUUUGUUUGACCAGUUGUUUUUAGUGUUGUUGUUAUUAUUAGUUAGUGGAGAGUGUUGUUGCUUUAAAAAUUCAUAUAUUUUUAUGAUUGUUUGUUGUUGUGUUUGCCAGUAAUAAUGCUGUUUGUUUCUUAGUGAGUGUGUUUUUCUAUCAGCAAAACAAAGCCAUUUUUGAAAGGAAUUUACAGCAAGUAUUUGUGUAUGGGCAAGAAAAAUGCAAAAAGAUUACAACAUCAUAAACUACUAAAAGAGCUUUAGCAGUUAACAACAAAAAUGGCUUUAAGUUAAUUUACAAUAACUUCAGUUAAAAACCCCAAAUUAUAAAAAAAACCAAAACAAAACAUAUCAUUUUAAUAGUCCUUACAACAGGACUUUCAAAACAACGUACAAUAUUUUGUAAAACGACAUAAUAUUAUAACAAAAAUACCAGCUGCAACAUGGUUAAGGGUAUUUUGGUAAAUCGUAAAACGGAUGAGUCCUUUAAAGCACAACUUAAAAUGGAACACUCUGACCUUGUGGCCGAAAUGCAAACAGUGGAAAAUUUGCCCACACAUGAACGCCUACAACUAGCAAGACUGCGACGAGCUCAACAGCUAAAAGUAGCCCGCCAAAAAGAGAAAGAAUGGCUAAAGCUGCAACGAGCCAAAGGUGUCAAUCUUGCCACCCUGAAUGGCAUGAAUACAACACAUCACUUUCGCAACGGUUCCAAUUCGUCAUCAUCAUCGAAACGUCACAUAUCGUUUGAAAAUAGUGUCGUUCUGCUGGAGGCUGCCUCACGCAAUGACAUGCACGAAGUGGCCGAACUGCUGGAACACGGCAUAACACCGGAUGCGGCCAAUGAAGAUGGUCUGACGGCACUGCAUCAGUGUUGCAUAGACAACAAUGUGGAGAUGCUUAAACUGCUUUUGGAAUAUGGUGCUAAUGUUGAUGCUCAGGACAGUGAUAAAUGGACGCCAUUACAUGCUGCCGCCACCUGCGGCCACUUAGAGUUGGUGCGUAUACUAAUCGAUCAUGGUGCUAAUUUGUUGGCCGUCAAUACCGAUGGCAAUAUGCCGUACGAUUUGUGUGACGAUGAGAAUACGUUGGAUUACAUAGAGGCUGAGAUGUCGAAGCGGGGAGUGACACAGGAACUGAUCGAUGAGACGAGAUCGGCCACGGAGAGGCUAAUGUUGAGGGACUUAAUGGAGCUAUCGAAAAACACUGGUGAUGAUCUAGAGCAGCCGGAUGAACAUGGUGCAACACCGCUGCAUAUAGCCUCGGCCAAUGGUUAUAUUAAGGUGGUGGAGUUUCUUUUAGAACAACAUGUCAAUGUUGAUGCUUUAGAUAGAGACAUGUGGUCGCCGGUGCAUGCGGCAGCCUGUUGGGGUCAUCUGGAAGUCUUGGAAAUGCUGGCCCAAUGUGGUGCUGAUUUAAAUAUCAAAAACAAAGAUGAUGAAACACCCUCAGAUAUUUGUGAGGAUCCUGAAAUACGAGAACGUAUAGAACAAUUGAAAACCGAACAGGAAAGUAAACGUUUGGCAGAGGCUCAAAGACGUCGCGUAAGAAGAUCUCAAAGUAAUAAUACCAGAGCACAAUCGGUACGUCGUACAUCCUUGCGCGAUAAAACGCUAACAACCAAAAAAGAUGCCGUCGAAGAGGCCCGUUUGCGUCUGCAGGCUCAGGAAGUAUUCGUAACAGCAGCACCCGACAGCACAACCCUCGAUCCGAACGGUGUAACGGACCAUCACAAUCAUCAUCCACAUCAUGCGCAGCUAGAGGGCUCGGCCGCCGAUUGGCUAUCGAAGAACUCAACAGCGGCAGCGGCCACACAACAACAACAGCAACAUCACAACAACAACAACAAUAAUACCUUAAAAACCAAUAAUAAUCAUAGAAAUUCCUACGAUCCUAGUCUUAAAGAUAUGGUAGAUUCCAAUAGCAUUUCCAGCAUGAGUUUACUGCAACAGCAGCAGCAACAACAGCAACAUUCCUAUCAGCCACGGCGACCACCAGAAGGUCGUGAAAAUGAUGAAUUACAAAUGCAUGCAUUUAAAACUAAUGGUGAACAUUCCACAGGGGGCGCAGGCCACAUAAACGCUUUGAAUGGCGUCGGAGGAUUGGGCGUGGGCGUAGGCGGAAGUACUAGUAGUAGUAGUACUGUUGGUGUUGAUGGUACAUCAUCUACGGCCACAACAGCCGCAGCUGUGAUUGCAGCCACAACAACAACCACUGGUCAUGGCACGGAAGCUGUACAAAUACAGUCGAGUAAAGAGGCCACAAAUGGCAAAAUAAAUGUACAAGUCACUGUGUUAGUGGACACAUCCAAUACCCAUAAUCUCCAGCAACAACAAUCACAAUCACAGCCAACGCAUUUGCAUCAUAAUCAGCAACAGCAUCAGACGCAACAGCAACAGCAACAACAUAUGCAUAUGCAUCUACAUGGUGGUCAUGGUCAUUAUAAUAAUUUGACAGGCUCAACAACAGCUACAUUUCAUAAUCAGCUUCCACAUCAUAAUCCGCCACAGCAGCUACAACAGCUACAACAGCUACAACAACAUCAACACCAUCCUCUACUACAAUUACAACAUCACCCACAAUUGUUGGACACCUCAUCUCAAUGUUUGGCCAAUGCCACCACAUUGGCCAAUCUGAAAAAGCAACGCUCUAUGUCGCGUUCUAAUGUUCUAAACGGUAGUAGUAGUAGUAAUUGUGAAAAUGGUUCUGUUUUAGGAGCCGCCAAUUCAACAAAUCUUAAUCAUAAUCACAUCUCCCACAACAACCACACCACCAGCAACAAUAAUAACAACAACAACACCUUAGAGGGCCAAGUUAAUACCCAACAGCCAGUCUUAAGCAAUGGCUUACAGCAUCCCGCACUAAUGGACUAUAAUGGUUUAAUAAAUGAUCCAUCAUCUCAGCACAACUCAGCAGGUGUUGGGGGAGGCGGCGGCGGUGUGGGAGGUGCUGGAGGGGUAGCAGGAUCUGCAUCAGCAGCUGGAGGUAUGAAUAAAUUUAGUGGUGUUACCGGUGAUGUGGUAAGUGAUAGUACAAGUUCGAAAAAAUGUUGUAUAGUGAUGUAAAACGAAACGAAAACGACAACAAAAUAAGCAGAAAAGUUUAUUAAAUGUAAGUAGUGUCCUUUAAGGCGCCAUUUAACCCUUUAACGGUAUAAACAGAAUUAAAGAAUAGAGAGAAUAGAGCCUGAUGUAGACUCUAUUCUAUAGAAUAGAUCCUGGUG